AUGUAUUUUCCCACCUGUUGCUCUCCGUCGCCGACAUCAUCAUCCUCCAUUUUCCGAGCUUGCAGAGUUGUCCGGUUUGCUUCCACUGUUCCUUCUUCUCCGGUUAACCAGUCGUUUUCUCGUCCGCCUCGAUCUCUUGCCAGGAACUUGGCUCCGUCAAAUAUCAGCUACCGAUCGCGGAGCUUCUCGUCGGCGCUCCGGUUGAUAAGGUGCUCUGCUCCGCGCUGGAGCCACGGUGUUGGCUGCCGUUCUCCGUUUAGUCUCAGAGCUCAGACCAGGACCGUUUCUCCUGUUCUCGAACGGUUCGAGCGGAAGAUUGCCACUAUGGCUUCUGAACAUCCUUUUAAGGAAAUUUUCUCUGGUCUCCCCAAGCAUGGAGGAGGUGAAUUUGGAAAGUUUUACAGCCUUCCUGCUCUGAAUGACCCUAGAAUUGACAAGCUCCCAUAUUCAAUCAGGAUACUCCUAGAAUCAGCUAUACGGAAUUGUGACAACUUCCAAGUCACUAAGGAGGAUGUGGAAAAGAUAAUUGAUUGGGAAAAUUCUGCUCCUAAACAAGUUGAGAUUCCCUUUAAGCCAGCCCGUGUCCUGUUACAGGAUUUUACUGGAGUUCCAGCUGUGGUGGACCUCGCUUCUAUGCGGGAAGCUAUCAAAGAUCUUGGUAGUGAUCCAGACAAGAUUAAUCCCCUUGUUCCAGUGGAUCUUGUCAUUGACCACUCUGUUCAAGUUGAUGUUGCUAGAUCAGAAAACGCCCUGCAGGCUAACAUGGACCUUGAAUUCAAGAGAAACAAAGAGAGGUUUGCUUUUCUUAAAUGGGGAUCAUCGGCCUUCCGCAAUAUGCUUGUCGUGCCUCCUGGUUCUGGUAUUGUCCAUCAGGUGAAUCUUGAGUAUCUUGGACGGGUUGUUUUUAACACAGAUGGCAUGUUGUACCCUGAUAGCGUUGUUGGCACCGACUCUCAUACAACAAUGAUUGAUGGACUGGGUGUUGCUGGAUGGGGAGUUGGAGGAAUUGAAGCAGAGGCAGCAAUGCUUGGCCAGCCAAUGAGCAUGGUUCUGCCUGGUGUUGUCGGAUUUAAGUUGUCCGGAAAAUUGCGUGACGGAGUUACUGCUACUGAUUUGGUUUUGACUGUGACCCAAAUUUUGAGAAAGCAUGGUGUGGUCGGGAAGUUUGUCGAAUUUUAUGGUGAAGGCAUGGGUCAGUUACCAUUAGCUGAUAGAGCAACUAUUGCAAAUAUGGCUCCCGAGUAUGGAGCCACCAUGGGUUUCUUCCCUGUUGAUCAUGUCACUUUACAAUAUCUGAAAUUGACUGGACGAAGUGAUGAGACGGUAGCAAUGAUUGAGGCAUAUUUACGUGCCAACAACAUGUUUCUGGACUACAAUGAGCCUCAACAAGACAGAGUGUACUCAUCUUAUCUGGAGUUGGAUCUUGCUGAUGUUGAACCCUGUGUUUCAGGACCUAAAAGGCCUCACGAUAAGGUUCCACUGAAAGAUAUGAAGUCCGAUUGGCAUACUUGUCUGAACAACAAAGUUGGUUUCAAGGGGUUUGCUGUACCAAAGGAAGAACAGGAGAAAGUUGUAAAUUUUUCAUUUCACGGGCAGCCUGCGGAACUUAAGCAUGGAAGUGUUGUUAUAGCAGCUAUUACAAGUUGCACAAACACGUCGAACCCAAGUGUGAUGCUUGGAGCUGGUCUCGUUGCAAAGAAAGCGUGUGAACUUGGAUUAGAGGUAAAACCUUGGGUUAAAACUAGUCUUGGCCCAGGUUCUGGAGUUGUAACAAAGUAUCUUCUCCAGAGUGGCCUGCAAAAGUACUUAAACCAACAAGGCUUCCAUAUUGUUGGAUAUGGUUGCACGACCUGUAUUGGUAAUUCUGGAGAUCUUGAUGAAUCAGUCGCUUCUGCUAUAGCUGAUAACGACCUUGUUGCUGCUGCUGUACUUUCUGGAAAUCGGAACUUUGAAGGUCGUGUUCAUCCUCUGACUCGAGCAAAUUAUCUUGCUUCACCUCCAUUGGUUGUGGCCUAUGCACUUGCUGGCACGGUUGACAUCGACUUUGAGAAAGAGCCAAUCGGAACUGGAAAAGAUGGAAAGAUUGUUUAUUUCAAGGAUAUCUGGCCCACCAGUGAUGAAGUUGCAGAGGUUGUUCAAUCCAGCGUGCUUCCCGAAAUGUUCAAAAGCACUUACGAGGCAAUCACAAAGGGCAACAAUUUCUGGAACCAGCUGUCUGUAUCUUCAUCUAGCCUCUAUCAGUGGGACCCCCAAUCAACGUACAUCCACAAGCCUCCAUAUUUCAGUGGCAUGUCCAUGGACUCCCCCGGACCUCGAGGAGUGAAGGAUGCAUACUGCUUGCUGCUUUUUGGGGACAGCAUCACCACUGAUCAUAUCUCCCCAGCUGGAAGCAUCCAUAAGGAUAGCCCGGCCGCAAAAUACUUGAUGGAUCGUGGGGUCGACCGCAAGGACUUCAACUCGUACGGUAGCCGUCGUGGGAAUGAUGAAGUGAUGGCGAGGGGUACAUUUGCCAAUAUUCGGAUAGUAAACAAAUUGUUGAACGGUGAAGUAGGCCCCAAGACUAUUCACAUCCCAAGUGGGGAGAAACUCUAUGUGUAUGAUGCUGCAAUGAGGUACAAGUCGGCAGGGCAGGAUACGAUUGUUCUAGCUGGAGCAGAAUAUGGAAGUGGUAGUUCUCGAGACUGGGCUGCUAAAGGUCCAAUGCUACAGGGUGUAAAAGCGGUGAUAGCCAAAAGCUUUGAGAGGAUUCACCGCAGUAAUUUGGUAGGGAUGGGUAUUAUUCCGCUGUGCUUCAAGCCCGGUGAGGAUGCAGACACCCUUGGCUUGACGGGUCUUGAGCGCUACACAAUCAACCUCCCCACAAAAACGAGCGACAUAAGGCCCGGACAGGAUGUAACUGUCACAACCGAUGACGGAAAAUCUUUUACAUGCACAUUACGCUUCGACACUGAGGUUGAACUAGCAUACUUCGACCACGGUGGCAUCCUCCAUUACGUUGUUAGGAAUUUGACCAAGCAGUGA